UUCUUAUUAUGGCGGAAAUAAUUAAUUAAUGUUAAUAUUUUGACAUCAAUAAAUAGAAAGAAAGCAUGCAAACAAGCAAAAAUUUAUUAAAUUAAAAUUUGUUUAUUAAGAUAUUAUUAGAUAAUUUAUUAAAAUGGAAAAUAUAUUAAAGAAUUAAUAGCAAAAAAAAUUGUGAAAAAGGAGGGAAGAAAAUAAAAAAGACAAUACUUGUAAGAGGAAGAGAAAGAAGAACUAAAUAAAUAAAAUUAAACUACAAUAUUAUAAGUUAUACCACAUCAAAUGGAAUUAGAAUCUUAAAAUUAAUCUAACUAACCUGAACAAUUAGACGAUGAAGCAGAUGAUAAUGAAAGGGAAUAGAAUUAUGAUGAAAAUCAAAAUAGUGACUAGUCUGAUGAUGAAGAAGAAAUCGAUGAAGAUUCAAAGCAAGAAAUGCAAAUUGAUGAAGAAGAGGAUGAAGAUGACAAUGAAGGAGAUUUGGACAACCAAGAUGGUUAAUAAAACAGUCAGAGUCAAAAAAAAAUGUCUAAAAUGAAUGAUUAAACAAAUGGAGAGAGUGAAUUCGAUAGAUCAAACUUUGAAAAAACUUAAGGUUAAACAUCUAAUCAACUAGAGAAUGAAAUGAGUGAAGAAGCAGUUGCAAUGAUUCCAAAAAAGGUUAAAAAAUGGGAAUUAGUUUGGGUAAGAGUUUAAAAUGUUUGGGACUUUCAUUCAGAUAUGUAUAUCCGUAAAUGGAUAUGUUCAAAUAAAAAGGAUGAUGGAAAUUCAGAAGUUAAUGGAAUAGCUAUAUAGGCACAUCCUCAACUUAAAGAUAGCACUAAAUAAAAUUCAACUUCAGCUAAUAAUGCCCAGGGAAGUAAUGGAUCUGCUGCUAAUCCAGAUAAAGCAGCAGCUGUUUCAGGUUCUUCUAAAGGAGAAAAUUCAGCUUAGUAAGGUGCAGGCGCUGGAAGUAACGGUUAAGGAGGUAGUUUAAAACCAAGAACAACUCCUAAAAGCAAAGAAAAAACUUAAGUUACAGUAUAAAAAGAAUACAAAUGUAAACAAGAAGACUGUGGUAAAGUAUUUUUAGAUUCAUCUGCUCUAAAAAAGCAUAUGCUAACCCACGGUGCCAAAAUGUAUGUUUGCUAAGUUGAAGGUUGUGGUAAGAGAUUUGUUGACAACUCAAAAUUAAGGAGACACUAACUUGUACACACAGGUGAAAGGCCAUUUAGAUGUGAAAUUUGUGGUAAAAGUUUUUCCCUUGACUUUAAUUUAAAGACUCACUUAAGGACUCAUACAGGUGAAAAACCAUACGUUUGUAAAUUCCCUGGUUGUGAUAAACGCUUUACUUAAUCCUCAAACCUUUCUGCUCAUGAAAAAUCUCAUUAUGUAAAAGAAAAGAGAUGA